UUUAUUCGCACUCGCAGAAGUACACAAUUUGCCAAUUAUUCGAGCAUGUAGCCCGCUAGCGCAAAUAAAUUUGUGUAGGCACAUCUCUCCGGCAUAACCUGUCUUUUUGCCGCCGCGAGAAUGCGUGACGUAAACAUUUUUGCAAACGAAUGUGCGACAAAUUAAUAUUCAUUAAAAUAUUUUUGAACAAUAGUCGUUUCGGUGAUCUGAUGAACUUACAUAACGCGAUAGCACACCGUUAACGGUGGCUUGCGCGUUGGUAACUUGUAGAUUUAAUUGUUGGGAGCUAAAGGUUCCAGGUAGAGACAGGAGACCUGCUUUUGGUGGUCAGUAGCAAGUGGAAUUCGUAAAAAUUUGCUUCAAGACAGAUACGGAAAUGGUUUGGCCGCCGAAUGAGCCGUCGAUAGCAGCCACAAUCGAAGAUCGUGCCUGUAAGAAUCACACUGUUCGCUUUAUAUCUCUAUAUCCGAACACGUCGGUGGAUACUUUAAUCAAAGAAGUUGAAGAACUACUAGAGCUUACCACACCUGUUACGCUGACAAUAGAACGCGGUGGCAUCCUACUAAAUGAUUUCACAAAUAUGACGCUCAAAGAUGCCGGGGUCAGCUUCGAUGAAUCAGUGAGCACGCAUCGAAUCAUCGUUGAACACGCGAAUGUAAUCAGCAAUCCUCCGAAUCCGCCAAACCCUCCGCGUAUGGCAAUUAUGCCACCACCGGCAAACACAGCGCCUUCGACGUCUGUGCAGGAAUGGUCUUCGGUGCCAAACUAUGUUGGGCUGGUCAAUCAGGCGAUGACGUGUUAUCUGAAUAGUUUGCUGCAAGUGUUGUACAUGACGCCGGAGUUUCGAAACGCGUUGUACAAUUGGGAAUUCGAUGGCAACAAUCCCAACAAUUCAAUUCCGUUUCAACUCCAGCGCCUUUUCCUAAAUCUCCAAACUUCGUCAAAAUCGUCUGUUGAAACGACGAGCCUGACGCAGAGUUUUGGUUGGAACGUGCAGCAAGCAUGGGAGCAGCACGAUAUUCAAGAAUUAUGCCGUGUUAUGUUUGAUGCCCUGGAGCAGAAGUUUAAGGAUACGAAGCAGGCGAAUCUUAUUAAUGAUUUGUAUGAGGGUAAAAUGUUGGAUUAUGUUAUGUGUCUUGAAUGCCGAACGGAAAAGAGUCGCGAGGAUACUUUUCAAGAUAUCCCAUUGCCUGUGCGACCUUUUGGCAGCACCGUGGCGUACAAUAGCGUCGAGGAAGCGCUUAGGGCGUUCGUUCAGCCCGAAACUUUGGACGGAAAUAACCAAUACUUCUGUGAGAAAUGCAAUAAGAAAUGCGAUGCGCACAAAGGCCUCAAAUUUACAAAGUUUCCGUAUUUAUUAACGUUGCACCUAAAGCGAUUUGAUUUUGAUUAUAAUUCAGUUAGUGGACAUCGAAUCAAACUAAAUGAUAAGGUUGUUUUUCCUGAAACGUUGAAUUUAAACUCUUUUAUGUCUGACCUACGGACAGUUAGUGAAGAAACAAUUGAAGAACGUGAGAGUGCGGUGAAAAGCGAUGAUUGCAGCACUACCGAUUCCGGUUCGGCCUUGGAUGAUGAAAGCUGCCAGGGUACCGAUGUGUCUUCUACCACCAAUGGCCAAGAUGAUAACUGCGCGGACGACGACGAAGGCAUCGACGUUAGUUCCGAGAAUCAGCAGGAAAACGAGAAAAACCGACUACAUGAAAUACAAGGGCCUUACAUGUAUGAGUUGUUUAGUAUUAUGAUUCAUUCUGGCAGCGCAUCCGGUGGACAUUAUUAUGCUUACAUUAAAGAUUUUGAUAAGAAGCAGUGGUUUUGCUUUAAUGAUCAAAGCGUCACUAGCGUCACAAAUGAGGAUAUUCAUAAAACAUACGGAGGUGGUCCCCAAAGAGGUUACUAUUCAGGCGCUUAUUCAUCGAGUACAAAUGCAUAUAUGUUAAUGUACAGGCAAAUAGAUAAGGAACGCAAUUGUAGUGCUCUCCAGGUGGAAGAAUUCCCGCCGCACAUUGAGCAGCUAUUAAAAGAUAUGCGAGAGUCAGAGGAAACCGAGAGAAAGAAGAAGGAAGAAGAAAAUGAUUCAACUGUUGUGAAAGUACACUGUUAUCAUCCUGAAAAAUUAGUCAUGGAGACCAAAAAUGUCUUGGUGUUCUUUGAUACUACACUUGGGGACACAGUGGAAGAAGCGCGCUACAAUUUCAAAUUGCAAGAUAUAGUCAAAUCUGAGGAUUGUCGUCUGGUUGCUUAUAGCAGUGGUUCAAUCGAAUGUAGUUUGAAUUCAAGCACGCCAAUUGCCGAAGUCGUGGCGAAUUAUACAGAGUUUUUGUUAGAGAUUAAAAACCCCGGUACUGAGUUUGACGACUAUCAGCCGGAUGGCGUCAUGAUGAAAACGUACAUAAUCACAUUAGAAACCGAAGAGGUCGACGGGCCAUUCACUACGUGGGUCAAUCACGGAGACACUGUGCGUGAUUUACAGAAAGCGCUCGCCAUCCGGUACAACUUGGAAGCGCCGCACAUUGUGCAAGAGACCUAUAGCAAUCCACCACGUUACCUCGAAGAUCCAAAUUCAACACUUAAAUUUGCUACCAAAUGCACCGGCUACAAGAUUUACGUUUCUAACGCGCUCAACUUGGACUAUUCAGAUAAGCCUUUUGCGCAAUCAAAACUAGCAUCGGUCAUAGAUAGGUUCGUUCAUGUCAUUUCGAUAAAGGUAUCCAUGCCGGAAACGGAUAGCAACACAUUAGAUAUUCUUUCGAUUCCGUCUUUGGAUGCGAAUCAGUGCUUAGAUAGGAUUGAAAUUGGCGCUGGCGACAGGGAGAGUAAUCAGUCCAGCCUUCGUGUGUCACCGCUUCCAGGGCCCAAUAGUGAACUCUUUGGGGAUCAGAGUAAUAGCGAAGAUAGCAGCUUAAGCGAUAGCGAUCGUACGCUUGUUGGUGAUGCUCCUGGUGAUAAUAUAGGACUUUUAUCGAGUAGUUCCAAUUCUCCCGCUGAUCAGCACAUGGCUUCACCUACAGAAGGCCAAGAAGAAGACUUCCCCGAGUAUAAUUGUCAAAUGCCGCAGGAGGAAAUGAACUGGGAUGAUGAAACGCCCAGUCCGACGGACCGUCCUCCAAUUAGCUACUACAUGAAAGCACAACUGCUUGAAUCAGCGUACAUGAUACAAGACAAAACUAGAUGUGCCAAGGUGCUUGUUGAUAAACGCAUGACACUAGGUAUGUUCAAGAAGAACAUUGAGCCUCUUGUUGGCGUGCCGAUGGAGUACUUCAAAAUUUACCGCACAUACCCCACGCAAGAAUACGAAUGGUCAACGCUUACUGAUAAACUAGGAUCGCUGAAAGAUGACGAUCGUUUGAUCGUGAAACUUGGCCGGGUGUUGAAGGAGAAUGAAGUUGCCUUUAAAGUGUAUCAUUUACAGUUGGAGCAUCCUGACUCUGUCAACUUCUUGUUCGAGUGGGUCGUCUCUAAUGAUCAAACAGUCGCAGCAGCAAAGAAGGAGAUUUUACUACAGGCCAAAAAGCAGCAUAUGAUUGAUAUUCCCUUUAAUUCAUGCAGAUUGCGAAAGAGGUAUCAUGAUGUGCCGGUUAGAAUAUUGCUGGAUGAUGAAAAGAUUGGAGAUUUGCCUAUGGUCAAUUAUGAGUUGUAUAUUCAAAGGAUCAAUGGGCCCGAGAGGACCAGCUCGCAGUUGUCCGUCUUUGUAAGGCAGUGGUUCCCGUCGAAGCUUUCGCUGUCUACUUUCCAAGAGGUGAAUUUGGAAUUGAAGACCAAGGAAGAGCUCAAGGCGCGCAUCAGUGAAUUGGCGGAUAUUCCCGUCGAAUUCCUUGAAGUUGCGCAUGUUAUGGCUUCCUUCCCGUGUGAUAGAAGCGUAUUGGAAAUUCACAAUCAACUAAACUGGAACUUUGUAGAAGAAAACCUAACAAACUAUCCUAUUAACGUCUACCAUGAUGGUUUUGUGUUCUACUACCGGGAUAGCCGAGAACAGCUGAAAGAGCUGACGAGAGAAGAGCGCAUUGAUUUAAUAGCUUUCGAAAAUACGAGGUUGGGUAAAUACGAUAAGAGUUCAGUAAAGCAUCGACGAGAACGACGACAAGAGCGUGGCCUUAAAAUUUAUUUAGAUACCUCGCCUAAGAAGGACGAUGAUCUUUGCUGAUAGACUGAUAAACCACACCUCACGAACAAACAGAUUACUUUUAUGCGACUAGGGUGAGUAAUGACUGAUCUACAUUAAACGAUUAUUAUCAUAUACCAAAAUCAAUAGCUUAAUGUGUUUAAUCAUCUGAGUUACUCAUCGGCUGCGUGUGCUUGGGCAUAAUAAAUAAAUACUGACGAGACGGCCAGCAUAUAUUAUAGGUGAAUUAAAAUGCGCUCGGAGUAGCGCCGUUUGUAUACAAUAUUUUUAUUCUGUCCUUUGAUUCGAUUUACCAAGUUGCAAUUUUUAACGCGUUAUGUGUCAAUUUUGAAUUGUGUUAGUUCGUUUGAUGCUGUGAACUGAAUGUUCAUUGAUUACCAAUAUUGUUUAAGAACUUGUAGAUUUGUAAUGAGUUAUUGUUGCUAUUUAAAAGGUUUGUACAACUACAGAACGAUAUCAAUUGUAUAUUGUAUAAAUAUUUAUUAUCACAAGCUGUGUUCUUGUAUGAAUUUCAAAUAUAAUUGAUUAAAAAACCAA